AUGCCAAUCCAACCGGCUUUGAAUAUCCUAGGAGCAGUCGUUAGGACUCACUUCAGAACCCCCGAAAGUUUUGAAGCGAUUAGUGUGCAGAACGGAAACCGCACCAUGUUGACUUCCGUUCAACAGGAUUUAAUCGACGCAAUGUUCCACACGAAUAAAGAUUGGCUAACUUUGUCACACCGCCAUCUGGCAGACGCGGAAAAGCGCCCUGCGUACUACAGCAUAUUUCUUGUCAGUGAUUACGCCUCCUUGUGUACAAUUUUGGAUGAUAUGAAUCACGAGACGCACCACUUUCAUGGAUUAUAUACCAUUUUCAUCGAACAUCUCGCCAAGAAAACCAUCAUGAACGGCAUCAUGGAAAAACUGUUCGAGUUGAACAUCAUCAACGUCGUCCUGAUAUUCAAGGACAACGACGAUGGAACAUACGUUGCGUAUUCUUAUCAACCAUAUGGAGCUGGAACGUGUGGUGCCGCAGUACCGUAUGAGGCCGGACGAUACGUAGACGGUGUAUGGACAGCGUUGGUCAGUUGGUUUCCGAAUCGAACAGCAGAUUUUAACGGUUGUCCACUAGUCGCAGGAACGACCCAUAUAGAACCUUGCUCGAUGCAUUCCCACGAGAAUAACCUAACCGUACACAAAGGCAUCGAGGUUGCGAUCGCCACAAAUUUGGCGAAUAAAUUGAACUUUUCCAUAACCUACCGCAUCACAAACGAAAUCGUGAAAUGGGGCAUGAUGCGUCCGGUCAACAGCACCGGUUUGGUGGGCUGGAUUCAACGGAAGGAAGUAGAUUUUGGUUUUGGCAGUAUGGGCAUCGGAGCGGCUCGGGUAAAGUAUCUACGCACGGGUGCAACUAGCCGGUACGGGCAGAUCCUGAUGGCCAUUCCACCCAAGCUGGCGUACACGUCCCUGGAAAAGCUCUUCCUACCGUUCAGCCUGCAGGCGUGGCUGUGUGUCGUGUUUUGCUACGUUUUGGUUAGCAUGCUCGCGCUGGCACUGUUCGGUUUGAGGAAUAUUCCAACCGAUCAACGGAUGCCACAUGCGUUCUACACCACGUGGGUGCUUAUGAUGGGUGGAUCCUGCGUCCAGAUGCGUAUGAACAGCUCACGUUUGUUUCUCGUAUGCUUCAUCCUCAACAUGGUCGUCGUGCGUACACUUUAUCACGCCGCUAUGUUCGAGAGACUGCAGGCCUCGGAUAGUUUGGCGUCGGAUUUAAACACACUAAGCGACAUCAAUAAAGCGGGAAAAGUGUACUACAUGCACCGGACGAUCACUUUGUACUUCAAUGACAAUCCCUUGAUUGGUCCCAGGCGAAUUCGAACGAUAAACGAUACCACGAGCUGGGAAGGAAUGCUUUAUUCCCUGUCUCAACAUGAAGGAAGCUUUGUUCUAGCUUUACCACUGGAUUGCAUCAAGUACUACGUCAAAAUGAACGGCAAACGGGGCUUGGUGUAUGUUGGCAAGCACACCGGACUAUUAUACAACACAGGAUUCUACUACCCCAAGACGACCGCGCUGGAGGAAUCGUUUAGCCGCGUCAUACUCUCGUUCCAUUCCGCUGGGUUGGUAAACUUCUGGGCGCAAGAGUUCGAAGACACCCGGUUCUGGUCCAAUGCAAAAACGGACCCCGAACCAACCAGCCUAGCGUGGGACCACAUUUCUGGAGCAUUCUAUCUGUGCGGUACGAUGCAUUUGCUGGCGGUAAUAGUGUUUCUGCUCGAACUCGCCAUGAUUUUUGCUUGCGUGUUGCUGUUGUGUACCACACUAACCGUGCACUCGGAACCGAUCCUUGAGGAGUUGUUGCCAGUUCCCACAAAUAGCACAAGUUUCCUAUCCGCCAUUGUCGGAGCGUACUUUCGAGAACUCGACGAGGAGUGUGUGCACAUUCGUACCCGAAAUGGGAACCAAACUUCUCCGACACUUUUCCAGAACGAUGUGAUCGACGAUAUCACCCGGACGAACGGUGCUUGGAUGCUGUUCUCCUACAGCGAUUUAUCUCAUCGUCCUGCGUACUACAACAUCUUCCUUGUGCGCGAUUACUCGUCCCUGGCCGUGCUGUUGGCGGAGAUGAACUAUACGACACACCAGUUCUAUGGCUUUUAUCUCGUGUUUAUCGAACAGCUCAGUUGGGAGUGCAUUCAAGACACCCUGAAGCAACUGUGGAGUUACACGAUCAUUAAUGUGGUGCUCAUCGUGAAGGACGACGAUGAAACGUACGUGGCCUAUUCGUAUCAACCCUACGAGGAGCGUAAAUGUGCCAUCAUCGAACCCAUCGAAACCGGCCGGUACACGAAUGGUACGUGGGACAACCUGAACGGAUGGUUUCCGGAUCGAUUCGCCGAUUUACACGGCUGCCCAAUGCAGGUCGGAGUGGUCGAAGUAAAACCGUACUCCAUGAUACGGCUCGUGAACAAUCGCACCGUACACUACGGGCUGGAGGUGUACGUUGCCGAAUUCAUUGCGUCCCGGUUGAACUUCACCAUCAACUACGUUCAACCGUCCGGUAACAUCCGGUGGGGAAUAUUACACCCUACCAACAGCACCGGACUGGUCGGUAUGCUCCAGCGCAAGGAGGUUAGCUUUGGUUUUGGAAGCCUGGGGUACUCGCUUAGCCGGUACACGUACCUAAAAAUGAGCACACCAAGCCACCUCACGCAGAUGAUCAUGGCAAUACCACCGAAACGGCCGUACACCUCACUGGAAAAACUUUUCCAACCCUUCACGAUCGGUGCGUGGGUUUGUAUCGCGGUCGGGUACACAUCCUUCGGUCUGGUGACGUACGUGCUGAUGAAAAUCAACCGGAAGGUGAUGCGUGAAAAGCUUCGCCACCCGAUCUACUCGCUGUGGGUGCUCCUUAUGGGUGGUUCCAGUGGGCCACUGCGCAUGGACAGCACGCGGAUGUUUAUGGUUGGUUUUAUUCUCAACACACUGGUCAUAAGGACGCUCUAUCAGGCCGGCAUGUUUCAACGGUUGCAGGCGUCGGAAUCGCUGGCAGCGGAUUUAAAUACAAUCAGCGCGAUCAACAAGGCUGGAUUGCGUUUUAACAUGUUCCGCUCGACGAUGCAGUUCUACAAAGACAACCCGAUGGUGCCCGUUAGCCGCAUCAAAGUGAUACAAAACGAUUUAACGAACUGGGAUGACGUGUUCUACCAGCUGCAUCUAGAUCGGCUUGGUGGCGUGCUUUCGUUGCCCCUCGACAGCGUCGCGUUUUAUGUGAAACAACAUGGCAAACAGGGUGUCGUGUAUCCCGGAAAAUAUACUGGAUUUACUUACAGCAUCGGCAUACUUUAUCCCAAAACAACGCCCCUGCAGGAGCUGUUCGAUGGGUGGAUCCUGCGACUACACGCCUCCGGGUUGAUACGCUUCUGGACGGAGGAGUUCCGGGACAAUCGGUACUGGACGCAUGCCAAGGAGGACCCGGAACCGGCCAGCUUAAAGUGGAACCAGAUUUCGGGCGGAUUUUUCCUCUGCGGGGCACUGCUGCUGCUCGCAACACUGGUGUUUUUUGGCGAACUAAUAUACUUCCGCCUGCGCAACACUAGCACCACGCGACGCGAAAUUAAACGCAACAAUAUGAAAUCAGAACGAAAUUGA